CCCCUCCUCCGCACAAACGCGUCGCAUCCGCUCCACAGGAUCCUCUGCGCCACCGCAACCGUGUGACCGCCCGUGCCGCCGGCGAUCCCGAUCCGCCGACCCGUCCCAGCCCCGCUCGCAGCCAUGUCGCCGUCGGAGCCGACGCGGGAGGAGAGCGUGUACAUGGCCAAGCUUGCGGAGCAGGCGGAGCGGUACGAGGAGAUGGUCGAGUUCAUGGAGCGCGUCGCGCGCUACGCCGGGGGCGCCGGCGGCGGGGACGAGCUCUCGGUGGAGGAGCGCAACCUGCUGUCCGUCGCCUACAAGAACGUCAUCGGCGCCCGCAGGGCCUCGUGGCGGAUCAUCUCCUCCAUCGAGCAGAAGGAGGAAGGCCGCGGGAACGAGGCGCACGCCGCAUCCAUCCGCGCCUACCGCUCCAAGAUCGAGGCCGAGCUUGCCCGCAUCUGCGACGGCAUCCUCGCGCUCCUCGACUCCCACCUCGUCCCAUCCGCCGGCGGCGCCGAGUCCAAGGUCUUCUACCUCAAGAUGAAGGGUGACUACCACAGGUACCUUGCUGAGUUCAAGUCAGGUGCAGAGAGGAAGGAUGCUGCGGAGAGCACCAUGAAUGCCUACAAAGCUGCUCAGGAUAUUGCUCUUGCUGAUCUGGCCCCAACCCACCCCAUCAGGCUCGGGCUUGCUCUCAACUUCUCAGUGUUCUACUACGAGAUCCUCAACUCCCCUGACCGUGCUUGCAACCUUGCAAAGCAGGCCUUUGAUGAGGCAAUCUCCGAACUAGACAGCCUGGGAGAGGAGUCCUACAAGGACAGCACUCUGAUCAUGCAGCUCCUGCGUGACAACUUGACCCUAUGGACUUCCGACACCAACGAGGACGCCGGAGAUGAGAUCAAGGAAGCAGCUGCUGCCCCCAAAGAAUCCGCCCCCGAGGGCCAGUAAGACGGAUCCGAUCUCCCGACCUGAUGCGUGUCUGCUGAUGUCGGGGAGUUUACCAGGACUGUGCCGUUCUUGAUUUCUGAUAGCUUAUCUUCUAGUACACCUCGUGUUGUUCUCUUCGUCACGGCGCCGGUGCGUGUGCGCUGAAGCUGCCUGCCAUUGCCAUUGCCGCUGUUUUUAAUUAAGCACACACUCUAGAUGUUAUGCCCGCAUGCUAUGUUUCGAUUCUCAAAGUUGAUAAAUGAUGGCUGGAUGCUGGUUUUCGUGCUCCAAGCCUGCUGCUUCUUCCAGGGAAAAAAAGACCUGCCCUUGUUGCAGCGUUGUUGUUUAGAAUGACCUAUAUUUGACUGGUAUUCUGUUACGGUGGCUUUGCAAAGCUGUUUGUUUGGUUUAAUGUCUCGGAAUAAUAUGAAUUGGCUGC